CAGGUUUUCUCUUUCCUUUUUUUUCUUUUGCUCUACAAGAAAUAUAAUAAUAUGUCAGAUAACAAACUAGCCAUUGCUCACCACCCAUAUGAAGCUCAAAGAGAAGACGAAAUCUCUUUCGAAAAGGACGAAGUUAUUAAGGUAACUGAUGACUCUGACCCUGACUGGUGGGUUGGUGCCAAGAAGGACGGUACUUCUGGAUACUUUCCAAGUAACUUUGUGAAUGUAAAACAAGAGGAGCAGUCUACAGUUGAAGAACAAGAAGAAAAGGAAGAAGAGAACGAAAACAAGGCAGAUGAUGAUGAAGAACAAGACCAAAAGAAAGUUGAUCAAGUUAUUGGUAUGGCACGGGUUAUGGAAGAUUAUGCAAUGCAAGAACCAGGAGAAAUUUCAUUACAUCGUGGAGGAAUUGUGAAUGUAUAUGAAAUUAUCGAUGAUCACUGGGCAAGAGGUGAACUGAAUGGAAAAGUUGGAAAAUAUCCUAUCAAAUAUGUUGAGGAUAUUGACAUGCCUGGGCGACCCGAUUUGGGUAAACAAGUCUUUGACAAGCCUCAAUCGACGAGUAAUGAAGAACAGAGUGGACCUAAAGGUGGCUUUAAGCUCGCGGCUUAUGGUGUUAAGCAGGGAGGUAUUGGGAGCUUACUUGCUGGUGGAUUCCCUGGAUUAAAGAAAGCACCUGCCAGGCAGGAAGAACCUGCUGCUACAGAAGAGCCAAAACCAGCACCUGUUGCUGCUGCUCCUCCAGUUCCUGCUGCUGCCCCCAAGGCAGAAGAAGAAGAAGAGGAGGAGGAGGAAGAGGAGGAGGAGGAAAAAGAGGAAAAACCAACUGUUGAAGAACCCAAACCACUUGGAAAAGCUAUUGUCUUGCAUCCUUACAAUGCUGAUAACGAAGGUAUAGUUUCAUUGUCAAUAAAAAAAAAAAAAGGGCAAAAGUAAUCAUCUGUAUUUUUUAUAGACGAGUUGAAUCUAUUAAGAGGCGAAUACGUCGUGAUUCUUGACCGAAACGUAGACGAUGGUUGGUGGAAAGGAAAGAACGAGAGAGGACAGACUGGCGUCUUUCCUGCAAAUUUCGUAAAGGAGUUGGAUGAGGAGCCCGUUGCACC